GCAGUCGCGAUGCGCGCGCCGGCCUGUUCCGUAGCCUGUGCUAUACUCUUAGCAACCUCUAUGAUCCUAGUACAUUCGGUAGAAGACCAGGGAGGAUAUUAUGCUGAGGAAUACCACGAAGACCCCAUUGAUGUAGAAGACUAUCAGAGCGCCUGCCCGUCUGACCGGCUCAUACGCUCCCGUGAGACUUGCCGUGUGGCUGGCGCAGACGUGCAAUGCAUCAGGUUACGGUGCUGUGAUACACACACAUAUAUUGGUGGACGUUGCAUUCCCAACACUCUGGACCCAUGCAGUUUGCGGCUUUGCGAACAGGCGUGCGACGUGCGUGGCGACCGAAUUUGGUGCUCAUGCCACAAGGGAUUCAGAUUUCAUGACCACAACUAUCGGAGGAAAAAGCAACCUUACUGCAUAGAUGUAGACGAGUGUGCCAACAACAACGGUGGAUGCGAGCAUCGCUGCGUGAAUGACAUUGGUGGGUUUCACUGCGAAUGCACCUCCCCUCUAACCUUGUCACCGAGAGACGGCAAGAGCUGUGAGAAAUCUGUACCAAUAGCCUUACCGGAGCCUCUGCCGUUGAUAAGGGCGUCGUCGCGAUGUUACGCACCAUGUGACACUGUAUCCUGGCUAUCCAGACGAGUGAAACAGCUGAGCGACCAAUUACGUACCACUGAAGCCACACUCAAAAAGAUCACCGAACAUCCGAUUUUCAAAGAAGGUGGUGAUCGCUUUUCAGAAGGCACCUUUAUGUACAGAGUGCUAGACUCCACGGCACCUUUAGAAGGAGGGUUUUGUCGUUGCGAACGAGGUCCCAGGGGCCCAGCAGGUGCCCCAGGUAUGGAGGGCCCCAAAGGCGACGCAGGUCCCCGCGGGCCCCGCGGUGCACGCGGUCCUAAGGGCUCCCUAGAUCUCAUGCUGCUGCUGCUCGCUGACAUCAGACACGACAUACGUAACCUUGAGGCGAAGGUGUACAAGGACGGCGAGCAGCCCGAGCGGUUCAAUUUGCAGAAGGCGUGGCGUUAUCAACGCAAGCAGGAGAAGCUGGAACAGGAAGGUCUCACGGAACAAGCGCUGGAGGCAUACACCGCGCCACCGCUAGUCAUGAGCGGACCAGUCGAAAUAUCUCCUAAUGGAAAAACUGGAGACUUGGUGCACUCAGAGGCUACAACUGACUGGAUGUUGAUGAAGGGAGAGACUGAGCCGCCGGAACUACCACAACUCACACAAGACAUGAGCGCGAUGGAUGCUAAACUUCGCGAGUUCUACAUACUAGUGAAUACAACCAGCCCCGGGGACGAACCACCGGAUGACGAUGACGAUGGAGACAUAGAUUAUGCUUUAUAUUGAAUACAUGACACUAGGAC